GCAUUCGAUAAGCAUUUUGCUUUGCCAACAAUUGAGAAAUUGGAGAAAGUUUAACGGCUUGGAGAAAAAUACGACCGCAACAACGCACACAAUAAAUUUAACAGCUGCAUUUAACUUUGCAGAUUUUUGCGGGUGCUGCAACAAGCCCUUGCUUGAGCUAUUAACUGGCAUUUCCCUUGGCAACAAUUACUCGGCUUUAAUAUACAUAUAAAUAAUUCUAGAAAUAAGAAUUUCGGCCUAGCCGCUGUUUUAAGACCGAGGGCCAACAUGCUGGCAUAUUCCGGGCACGUUAUGACGCUAGCCAAUAGCAUUAUUGGCGUGGGAAUACUGGCAAUGCCGUUUUGUUUUCAAAAGUGCGGCAUUGUACUCUCCGUUUUAUUGCUCAUUAUCAGCAAUUGGAUAACUCGCAUAUCCUGCCAUUAUCUAAUAAAGUCUUCGCUGCUGACGCGUCGCAAAAGUUUAGAAUUUUUGGGUUUUCAUGCAUUUGGCGCUUCGGGCAAACUCCUUGCUGAGUUAUGUAUUAUCGGCUAUCUUUUUGGCACAUCCAUAACCUAUUUCGUUGUGAUGGGCGAUUUAGGUCCGCAAAUUACUUCGAAAAUAUUUUCACUCAAUGCCGCCGACUUUCCACACCUACGCACAUGGGUUAUGAUCGCCGUAACACUAUUUUGUAUACUACCACUGGCAAUGCUGAAAAAUGUUGAUAGCCUGUCAACAGUGUGCGCUGCUUCGAUAGGCUUUUAUGUGUGCCUGGUGGUGAAGAUAGUGCUGGAAUCCGAGGAACAUAUUGUGGCACAUGAUUGGGUCGAGAAAGUGGAGUAUUGGCGUCCGGCCGGAAUCUUACAGUGUUUGCCCAUUUUUAGUAUGGCGCUAUCAUGCCAAAUGCAACUUUUCGAAGUGUUCGAAAGCAUCAAUAAUCAGAGCGUUGAGAAAUUGAAUGGAAUUGUGCGCAACGCUACAUGGAUAUGCACAUUUGUUUACAUCGCCGUUGGAUAUUUCGGCUAUGUGGCCUUCUGCACGCAAACUUUUUCGGGUAACAUUUUGUUAAAUUUUUCACCUUCAUUUGGCAGCGAUGUCAUCAAAAUUGGAUUUGUGUUAUCGGUUGCUUUCAGCUUUCCACUUGUCAUAUUCCCCUGCCGAGCAAGUAUUUAUUCACUGCUGUACAGAAAGGGUCAUACUGACAAUACUGCCUAUAUUCCAGAGACGCGUUUCAAGGUAAUCACAAUCUGUCUUGUAAGUUGUGCACUCUGCAUUGCUCUAAUGAUACCGUCGGUUGAGCUGAUUAUCGGUUUAGUGGGCUCUACAAUCGGCGUUGCCAUUUGUAUAAUGUUCCCAGCAUUCUGUUUUCGAAAGAUUGUUAAAAAAGACUCUACCGAGCGUUCUUUGGCGCAGUUUAUAUUUGUUAGUGGCUUUUGCUUAAUGGUCUUGGGCACCUAUGCAAAUUUGCAUGCCAUCGAUGAAAGACGCUCUGGCGCACACUUAGCAAAAGAUUUGAAGGAUGCGAAUUUGAUGAAGCCAACGGAAAAAGUAUAUACAAUGGAACAAGUGACUGCAGCACUCUUCGUACCACAAAUAGACAAGAUAGAAGAAGAAAAUCACUUUCGGGAUUUGAAGUUAAAGAAAAACGAAUUGGAGUUGAAUGCACAACUGGAUGUCGAAAAGAAGUCGGAUUUAUUGAGAAAUGUAACACCUAUACAGCCGAUAUCGCCGAUAUCUGCUGACGAUACUCAUAAGAAGGAAGAAACCCCGAAAGAUAAUGUAAUCGCCGAGAAAGCAGGCAAAGGCUUCAGUAUAGUUUCCCCUAAGUCUGAGUUAAAAGAUGAAGACGAGGCUCCUAAAGUCUCCGAAAACGUAAGAGAAGUCGAGAAACAAAAUGUACCGCCGAAUAAUAUUCUGAAAUCUCUACCUAAUCAACUACCGCCACAACAACAAUACAUUCCCUCUCAUCUUCCGCAAGAGAAGCAAAGUUCACAGCAGAACCAACAGCAGCAGGCAAUAGAUAAAGAGGCAAUAAAAAAAGACGAAGAGAUUGCUGCGGAGGAAUACAAAAAUGGACAAAAGGCUUCAAAAAGCAACAAUGAUGUCGACCUUAAAGAAACACGAAAGGAAUUGAAAAAAACCAAAGAACUGUUGGAACGCACUGUCGAUCAGUUGAAACAAGAACUGGCCAAGCAAAAUGAAGAAACACAAAAUCUGGUUGCUGAAAAGUUGGAGGAAGUAGUGCAGAAAGUGGAGCAAAUUGAGAAAAAGGUCCAACAUAACGAGCCUGCACAAACACCUGUAAAGGAUAAUGUUGAGACUGGUGACUUGUCGCCGCAAGAGUUCGAAAGAGAGCCGAAAGAAAAUGCGGUACCGCCUAAAAAACUUAACUUCCCUAAGGUUGAAAAUAAGCCGGAGGAGCGACCUUCACUUCUCAAUUUACUUUCUGAGCAGGCAGCAGAAGAGCGUCCCCAACAGCAGGUGUUUGAACCGCUCUCCUACAAAACCGGCGAGCUUAUCGAGCAAGUAAAAAAUGCCAGCAAAGUGGAGCAGCGACUGCCGCUUCCCUUGGCCGUGCUAUUUAAUGCCACAAAUAUUAAAACAAACAACCACUCAAAUAUACACGAACGCGCAAUAGCCAACAAGUCUCUGAACUUUUCACCACACACUGCUAAUAAUGCCAGUGUAACCAAAAAUAUUAAGACUGAAAACUCAACACAAAUAAAACCAAGUGUCCCGCCAUUGGAAAGUAAUGCCCAAAGAUCUAGUAGCGAGAAGGAGAAUGUGGAGGCUAUACGCCGAGACAUACUACAAUUAAAUUCCGAACGACUAAACGAAUUUCCAUCCUUAGCUUUGUCUGUAAGCGAAAUAGAAAAUGACACCGACCUAGCUGCGGCGAUUACUCCUCAUUUGAGGGAAAAACGCUCAAAUAUGUCGCAUUUGAAAACGCCCGACUACGAAGCAAUCGAUUCGAAAUCGCAUGGCAACAAUUGUGUUACCGAGCCCAAAGAGGAGCAACUGCUGCUGGCACAUGGUGGAUUAACUAAUGCGAUCGAUUUUAAAAUGAAAAAUAUUGGACGGGAGCUGCGAUCAGUGAACGAUGACGAUGAGGUGAAGCAUUAAUCAGGAGGGGAACUGCUUUAGUCAUUCCAAUACUCUACAUUCUCUCUUUCGUACCAUGUAUUAGAGCAUAUAGUACAUUUGUAUAUAGUUACAUAUAUGAGCCCCUGUAUAUAGUUUCAUACAUACUUAUAUGUACAUGCAUAGUAUAUAUGUAUAUACAUAUAUGAGGCAAUUCACGUCAAAUAUCCGAAGCGCGCUGAGCGGUGCAAAACUAGCUACUUUUCGACUAGCUCGGAAUUUCUAUAGAUUUUUGUACGGGCUAUCCGAUGGUAUUAUGCGUUUUUCAAAGAUUUCCCACUUUCUUGGUGAAAAUUGUGAACGAAAAUUUAUUUGUAAUUUUUCUCAAUUAUGGUAAUUUUUAAUAUUGUUUUUAGUUAUCUCAAUCGAAAGAUCA